AUGGAUGGAGAGAGGUCUGGCGGGCAGCAGGACAUGAAGGGAAGGAGGGAGGUGUCACUGGUGUGGAAACUGGCUCAGUGGAAGGGCUCGGCAAUCCCGGGGUUCCUGGUGUGGCUGGCAACUCCAGCAGACAUGGCCAGGCACAGAGGUGGCUUCAGCGGAGCCAGGGGUCAGCAAAAGAAGGCACUUCUCUCUGUGGAGGAGGAGGAAAUUGUGCUGAAUUGUACUCAGAUAGAUGACGUGUUGGAGAGGUAUUAUUUGUCACCAUUUUAUGCUAUUGAGUUCUGCAUCGGUUUCCCUGGCAACCUCUUGGUCGUGCUCGGCUAUAUAUUUUGCCUGCCAGUCUGGCAGAGCUGCAACAUUUACCUCUUCAGCCUGGCAGUAUCCGACCUUAUUUUCCUCUGCACGCUGCCACGCCUCUCUUACCUCUAUGCAAAUCACCAAGCGGAAACCAGUCCGUACAGUUGCGUUAUAAACCGCUACGUCCUGCAUGUCAAUCUCUACUCUUCCAUCCUCUUCAUGGUUUGGCUUUGCAUGGACCGCUUCUUGCUCAUAAAGUAUCCAAUGAGGAACCACUACCUGCUGCAGCCUCAGACCGCCCUGCUUGUGACAGGGCUGAGCUGGCUGGCCGUCAAUGUGGAGGUGGCUCCAAUGAUAGCACUGAUGGUUCAGGACCUGCAGAGUGGAAACUGGAGUCGCUGCAUGGAUUUUGCCAGCCUGAAAGGAAACAUUAACUCGUUUGGAUACAGCCUGGGGCUCACCUUGACUGGUUACAUUAUUCCCAUGCUUGCACUGUGCAGUUUCUCCUACCAGAUCGCACACCUGCUGCAUGUCCAGGAAAGGGCUCUGCAGCACAGGGCCAAACCGUACAAGCGUACACUCAGGGUUGUUGCCUCAGCUGCAGCCAUGUUUCUGGUUCUCUACACUCCGUACCACGUGCUGAGAAAUAUUACGAUGGCGUCUGGGCAGCUCUGGGCAGGAAUGAACCUCUGCACGAGGAUGUACGUGCGAGGCCUGUACAUCGUGACCCGACCACUGGCCUUCAUGCACAGCGUCAUCAACCCUGUUUUCUACUUUCUCAUGGGUGACAAGUUUAGUCAGCUUCUGUUUGCUAAGCUCAGGAAACUGUUCAGAAAGACAGAGCAGCAAAGACAACCAGCCUGA